GGGCGGGCCUUCCGGGACGAGGGCGCGUGGGUGAGGAAGGUCAGGUCCAGAUGGGUUCACAGUAGAAGGCUCGAUCCCACCCCCCGCCAACCAGAGUUGGGAAAGAAGUGAAUCAGGAAGCUGAGAAUGCUGAAUGGAAAAGGAAGAACAGGCUGCAGAAGGUGGGAAGACAGGGGUGGACGUUGGAUCUGACAGUUCUACCAUUGCCAGCCUUCAGGUGGCACUAUUGACCGAAGAUUGCUUGGAACUCUAACUCCUUGCCACUCAAGAAAUGUCCUCCCUUUCAGAAUAUGCCUUGCGCAUGUCUCGUCUCAGUGCCCGGCUAUUUGGUGAAGUUGUCAGGCCUACUGAUUCCAAGUCUAUGAAAGUGGUGAAACUGUUUAGUGAACUGCCCUUGGCCAAGAAGAAGGAGACUUAUGACUGGUAUCCAAAUCACCACACUUACGCUGAACUCAUGCAGACACUCCGAUUUCUUGGACUCUACAGAGAUGAGCAUCAGGAUUUUAUGGAUGAGCAGAAACGACUAAAGAAGCUUCGUGGAAAGGAGAAACCAAAGAAAGGAGAAGGGAAAAGAGCAGCAAAAAGGAAAUAGUGUUGGUCCCUCAAGAGGGAGAAUUUCUUCCUCAGUGGCAGAGAGAAGAAAGUGCAUUUAUUGUCUUUCCACAUAUUGGAGGAAUGUCAUCUUCCUAAAUGAAGGUUAUUUGGAGGAACACAGUCAUCUCCUUGUUGAAAUCUAGUCCGGUUACAUUGUGGCUGGUUUCUUGAACACAGUCUAACUGUGCACAAUUAUUUUGGCCUUGGCCAUGUAAUGUGAGGUUUACCUGAUUCUCUAAUGAAAUAAAUACCUAAGUUAUUGUU